UUGAAGGAGGCGUGGCUGCGGGACUUAUUUUACGCCCACGCACUCUGAUAAGCCUCCAGAUCAGUGUGUGCAACUAUAAUCAACUGGUAACUGAUGCUUCUAGACGACGGGCAGCUUUCUUGCUCAUAGUCUCUCCUUUAUGUCUGCCAUUACCACAACAAAAACUACUUCUUCUUCUAUUAGUAACGGCACUGUGACCAGGGACAUACUCGUCUGGAGAGAAAGAGACUCUCUUCUUGAUUUGAAGUGCCGCCUCGAGCUACUCUUUGGCGUUGGGGUACACCUCUCCCCACCGCACACCAGCCCCGUCUUCCUCUCUCGUGGGGACGGUGAGGGUGAGGCAGGGAGACCAGCGAAUGAAUGGAUGAAAGUAUCUGGAUCUGAAGAGGCUUGUUACAAGACGCAGCAAUACGUACUGGCUACCUAUAGACCAGAGUAUUUCACUGUGGUUCCCUGCGGGAAUCAAUUUGCCAAUAUACUCUUCAAUGGAUCCUCUAAACUCCGCGAUACAAUCGAGAGAGACUAUCAGACAGUCCUCCAGAGAUCAUCUCAGGGUAUCCUCGUCCAGGGAACUGAGCGAUCCGUUAACUUGGCUGUGCAGAAACUCAAAGACCUCAUUGAGAUCCAAGAAGCCAACAGCCCUGAGACAAAUGAUCCAGAAGUCUUUGCAUUGAGUGAGCAGCUGAGAGAACUGAUGAGAAAACCAGGGACUGUUGAUAACAUGACUGAUAGUCUAAAGAAGGCUUUGCUGGAGCGCCUGCAAGACAAAGGAGGAGGACCCACGACAACUUCUCGUGAUCCAGCACUCCCCUCGCCCUCUUCUGUGCAGUAUAAUAAACGUGUGACACAGUUUGUUGAGUUAGGAUAUCCGCAAGAUAAAGUGGAGACGGUUGUAAAGUCACUCGGUGUUGAAGCAUCUGAUAACGAUAUAAUGGCAAGGCUAGUGUCCAUUAAUAUUGUGCGUCCUGUUUCUACUGGAGGAGCAUCUUCCACUGCCAAGCCAGAAACAACACCUGUUCCUACUACAAUGAGUGGCCAGCGAGAGGGCCUGAGACCUAUUGUCAUUGAUGGAAGCAACAUUGCCAUGAGUCAUGGCAACGGAACAACCUUUUCCUGCCGUGGGAUCAGCAUAGCUGUCAACUACUUUCUCCAGAGAGGGCACAGUGAGAUUACAGUCUUUGUUCCUCAAUGGAGAAAGGAGCCAUCACGACCCGAGUCACCCAUCAGUGAUCAAGAAAUCCUCUUUGAGCUCGCAAGAUCAAAUUUCGUACACUACACCCCCUCACGCCGGGUCAGAGAUCGGAAAAUCGUCUGCUACGACGAUCGGUUCAUUGUCAAGCUAGCGGCAGAAAGGGGUGGAGUUAUUGUAUCCAACGACCAUUUCCGUGAUCUAUUAGUGGAGAAAAUCCCUCAGUGGACCGAGGCCAUUGAGAACCGCCUGCUUAUGUAUACGUUUGUUGGAGAUUCCUUUAUGAUACCUUCAGACCCUCUCGGGAAACACGGACCUCACCUUGAUACUUUCCUUCGUUUUCAAGGUGGGAGGAGUCAGACAUCGGAGGGAACAGUGGAGCAUCCCGUCCCACGCGAUAAACAGCCCUGCCCUUAUAAGGAGAAGUGUAACUUUGGUCCACGCUGUAGGUACUAUCACCCCGAGAGACAGGAGAACAAAGGAAGCGAAGGUAGAGAGACAUCAUCACCUUUACAGGAGAAUAAGACCAGCGGGGGUGUGUAUGGGGUUAAGCACAGCAGCCCAACGAAGCAGUUCAGUCUUCCAAUUGGACUAGGAGGUGGUGGAACCAGUGGUAUUGAUAGUCCUAUAAUGCAGGGAAGACUCAUUUCGUAUGUACCACCUCAUCGACAGGAGACAUUCUCACCCACGUACGGGUUCCCCCCUCCCCCUCGUCCCGAUGCUCCCCUAAGACAACCUGUACCUCCGAGAGUUCUGCCACGAGGAGAGAUGUCCUACCCUCCUCCUGGUGCCUCUGACUCGCUACGACAGCCACCACAGCCCGGCUUAAGGCCAUAUAUAUUGAUGAACACUCCAACGACCCAAUACUAUUCUAUUGAUACACCUCAUCAGACUGCACCCAUAAUGGGACAUGGGGUUCCCCUCUCUGCCCCCCCUCCCCGCCCACACACUGCACCUUUAAACAACCCAUACACGCAUCCCCGAGACCACUCCCAUCUAAGAGACCACACCCAUCACUGGGACCACACCCAUUCUUUAUUAUACGAGCAUGCAGCUUCUUUGUAUCCUGCGGAGAGAGAGAGGAUCAGGAGCGUUUUGUAUCAGUAUCCUCAGAUAAAGGACAUGAACACUUUAAUGCAUUAUGUUGGUAACAGGUAAUCCGCCCAAUCUUAUUACUGAUUAAUACUAUCAUGGAUUAAUUAUUAGAUAUUACAUACAUACACAAUUAAUUGAUGAAAGUGUAAUGAUAUUACAUGUGUCUUGUCUGUUUCCUCUAUUAUUAUUAUUAGUAUUAUUAUUAUUAUCGUGUUAUGUAUUAUUAAUUUGUUACGUACCUUACCUACUCAUUUUUUGUUUGUUCUUUGCAAGCAGCUGGUAGCAAUUUUGGUUGUAUCAAUCAGCUUUUUUUAACAUUAUGUGUGUUCAUUAUAAUGUUGAGGUACAUUACCUUCCCUUCUCUCUCUCUUUUAUCUUUCCUGUCUCUCGUGCAUUGUUCUUCCUCUCAUUUAUUUGUUCUCUCUCUCCUUUUCAUUGACCAAACCGAGUCUAAGUUUAAUUUUUUGUUAAAUCAUUGUGUAUUCUACUUUUCUAAAAAAGAUUCUAAAUUUCUAAUCCUAA